AUGGUUGGAAGCAUGACUCAAGCAGAAGCGGUUCAAGAUGUCAAAGAUGCAAAGGCAGUAGGCUUCGAUGCUUUUGCGCUAAAUACACACGACAUCACGUCUUCUUGGGCACUGAAUGCGUUGGGAUAUCUAUUUGACGCGGCAGAUCAGAACGGCUUCAAGCUGUUUAUCUCGUUUGACAUGAGCUGGCGUGCUAUUACACCCUCGCAGAUUCCGUCUUUUCUGCGCAGCUAUAUUUCUCGUCCGUCGUAUUACACCAUCUCUGGUCGACCGUUUGUCAGCACUUAUGAUGGUGGCUAUAUCUCGAAUUCCGACUGGACGUCAGGAUUUCAACAGCCUCUUGUCUCCCAGGGCAUCACCCCCUACUUCGUUCCCAAUUUUGGUGACUGGAGCGGGUGGCCGAACAACUUCUUUUCGAAUUAUCCCGUCGUUGACGGCGCCUUUAGUUGGGAGUCGGCAUGGCCCGCUCCAGGUACCACUAUCUCUAACGUUUCUAGCAGCGAUGACCAGAAUCUCCUCCAACAGGCACAAGCUGCGAAAAAAAUAUUCAUGAUGCCCGUGUCUAGUUUCCAGUUCAAGUAUCUUGGCUCAGGCCAAGACUGGUAUCGCAUUGGUGAAGUCAACCUACCGCAGCGGUUUGAGCAGGUACUAUCACUGAAACCGGAUCUCGUGGAACUAAUCACAUGGAACGACGCAGGAGAAGGCCAUUAUAUCGGUAACUUCUUCCAGGAACAGAUUGCAGGCUCAACUAUUGGUGACUAUGCCAAUGGCUUCGACCACACUGGAUGGCAGCAACUUGUGACACCUUUUAUUAAGGCAUACAAAUCUGGAGCAGCAACCAGUGGAAGUCAAAUUUUGCCUCCUGGAUCGACGCCAGUCGGUUCACUGUGGUAUCGCACGUUGCUUAAGAGCGCCAGCUGUUCACCGUCGAUUCAGAACUAUCAGCAGGGCCAAGACACGAUUAACUAUGCCGUCUUAUUGCCAUCGAAUGGGUACACGAUCAAAGUGUAUAGCAAUAACAAACAAAUUGGUAGUUUUGCUGGCGCUUCGGGCCUUAACUAUGGUGCUGUUCCUGGGUUGACUGUUGGGAGUGGACAAUACAUACAGGUUGUGAAUAGUGCUGGCUCUGUGGUUGCCUCAGCCACGGGCACAAAGCAAGUAUCGGCUCAGAGCUCCAACGCUACUUGCAAUUGGAACUACGAGGUAGUUGGCCUCUCUUAA